UAACUGAAUCAUUAAUAAUAUUCCAAUACAAAAUGUCCGUUAAUUCAUAGCAUAAAAUAAAGAAAAAUAAAUUACAUUACAACAGUUACUUUCAUAGAGACAAUAAUAUUUUAAAUCGUAAUCAAAAUGGUUAACAUUUCGUGUAACCGGCAUAAUUACGAAUUACUUUUAAUUAUUUUUUUGAAUGUGUAAUGUAUAUAUUUUAGUUUAAAAUAAAAGCAAAUUACAAUGUAAUAGUUUUUAUAUAAAUAAUAAAAUGGAAUACCAUCUGAAAAUAAACGAAAACUUAUGUCGGCUAUGUUUAAAAGAACACAAUCGAAUGUUAUGCAUUAAUAAUACGUAUUUACAAGAUGUUUACGAAAAAAUAACGAACAUUGAACUUAACUCAAUAACAUACAUACAGUCACUUUGCUUUAUAUGUGUGAAAAGGUUGAAAAAUUGUCACACGUUGAUCGAGCAGGCCAUUGCUACUGAUAAGCGUUUGAAAGAUGCACUGCAAUGUAAUUCUGGGAUUGAUCAAAUAGAACAAAGAGAAACAUACAAGCUGUGCAUCUCAUCGACAAUCAACAUCUCGUUAGAUCCUGUAGAUUGUGAUGUUAAAAAAGAGAAUGCAAUCAAAGAGGAAUUACAUGACAAAGAAGAUGGAAAUGAUAUUCAUAAUAUAUCUCACGAAUUAGACCAAGAACAAGAUGAUAUAAACACCGAAACAAACAUAAAAGAUCAAUUCUUGUUUGAUGAUGUCAAAUCAGAUUUAGACGUUAAAGAAACCAUAUCGGACUCAGAAGAUGAUAUACCAUUAAAGAACAUCAGCCUGAAGCAACAUUUGGAUAGGAAAUUAGAAGAUUCAGUGAAAAUUAAGAAAUAUAAGAAGUAUAAUAAGGAAACUAAAGUCGAUGCUCAAGAACUGAUCCUCGAUGAGGAACAGCAGGUCAUUGAAAUGUUGCAGCGUUCGAAGUCCCUCAAUUAUUUGAACUCUCCGUAUAAAUGCGAUUUGUGCUACAAGGGUUUUCUAGAUCCAAUAGCGUUUGAUAAACACAAGGAAAAGCAUGAUGAGAUAAGCGGUCCCCACGAAUGCAAGCUCUGCCAUCUGAGGUACUUGACGGUGAAAUCGCUGAGGGCCCACACCACGUCCGCUCAUUCGAGACGGUUCUCGUGCAAUAUAUGCUCGCACCGUUCUCACACCAAACAUCAGGCUAAAGCUCACGAGCAGUGGCAUAAAGGACACACAUACCCUUGCAAGCCCUGCGGCCGAGCCUUCAGCAAGCCGACGUCGUACCUGUCGCACGUGCGCAAGUGGCACGCGGGCGGCGCGGAGCACGUGUGCGCCGACUGCGGGGAGAGCUUCGCGCGCAGGCACGGCCUGCUCAUGCACCGCAGCAAGGCGCACCGCGCGCACGCGCACAAACCGAAACCCGAACCAGACGCGGAUGGUUUCUGCGUCGAAUGCAACAUACAGUUCGCAUCGUCGGAAGCGAGGACGCGUCACGUGUUGAUCUCCAAGCGGCACGCUAUAUUCAAAGAUAAUGACCCGAGGUGCGCGCUGUGCGGCGCGAAGGUCCCGCCGGCGGCGCGCGCGGCGCACGCGCGGCGCCACGUGCGCGCGCUCGGCCCGCCCGCGCCCGCGCCGCGCCCGCCGCUCGCGCUCGCCUGCGAACAGUGUGAUUCAACGUUUCCGAGUCGAGCUAAACUACAGAAUCACGUGAAGCGAAUUCAUUUGGGAUUGAAAUACAAUAAGAAUAUCGUCUGCGAAAUAUGCGGCAAGAAGUGUACGUCGAACGCCACACUGCGCUACCACCAGCGGCGCCACACGGGCGAGAAGCCGUUCGCGUGCGAGCGCUGCGCCGCGCGCUUCGGGCGCCGCGAGCAGCUGCGCCUGCACGCGCGCACGCACUCCGGCGAGCGCCCCUACCGCUGCGCGCUCUGCGGACACGCCUUCAGCCAGCGCCCGGCGCUCACUCGCCACUACCGGGUCCACACGGGGGCGAAGCCCUACGAAUGCCAUGUGUGCAACAAACCGUUCAGCCAGUCGAAUUCGCUCAAGACACACAUACGGACGGUUCAUCUGAGAUUGCCUCCGAACAAAAAGAAAAAAGACCAAACUGCAGCACAAGCUGACGAAAAGGACGAGAACGGUGUAGUUUUGUGAAAACGAAAUGUACUAUCUUGUCAAUAUAUUAUUGUA